AUGCACUACGCCUUCGAAAGGGGCCUGUAUGGGAAAGUGCGGCGGCCGCUAGACUGGCUCUACAUCGUCUUUUUCGCCAUACACUUCCUUGCCAGCAUUCUAGUCGAUGGCCAGUACUUUUAUCCUCGCAGUGUUGUACCUGCUAGCCUCUCUCAGAUCAAGGCAGACUACAUCAGAGACAGUGCUGAUCCUCUUCUGCCGCGUCUAGGCAAGCCAGAUGCAGCAUGGUUCACCGCUGCCGUGGUGCUGGAGCUAGUGCUGCAAUGCCCCACUUUCCUCGUCGGCAUCUGGUGCCUCUUCCGCAAUGAUCGACGUGUAUACCCACUGUUGGCGGCCUAUGCUACCCUAGGCUCCUCUUCGACGCUCUUUUGUCUUGUGCAAGCCCUCCAUGGACCCGCGUCGGCAGCACUGACUGCAGCCAACCGGCAGAGCCUGGCGGGGGCAUAUGGACCUUUCUUGGCGGUGCCGUCGGUACUGAUGGUAGACAUGAUUGCUAGAAGCACGACGAUCAUUGCCAAUACAGUGUCUAAUGAAAUUGACACAGCUCACAAGACUAAGUAA